AUGUCCAACCUGAAGCUUGUUACUGGCAAAGACCUGAAGAUGAUACUUCAAUUCCCAGCAAGAAUUCUGCAGCCGUCAACUAUCUUAUUUCCUAGUCAUCUGUCUCUGGUUAAUCUUGGUUAUUCCUCCGCUGUCACUCCACACAUGCUAUCAGACUUCUUAAGGAAGGCCCAAAAUCUGUGCCCACUGGUGAUCGGAUGCUACCUCAUGGGCUUUGUGAAUGCAACCACCCAGACCAUUCUGACGUUCCGUCUAUCCUUCUCUGACUCCACUGUCAUUAACCACUUUUUCUGUGACCUCCUUCCCCUGCUGGAACUGUCCUGCUCCAACACCCAUGGCAACGAGACCGUACUACUCCUGUUUGCAGUCUUCCUGGGCAUGUUCACAUCUGUAGAAAUCUUCCACUCUUAUAUAUUCAUCUUCGCCACCAUUUUGAGGAUUGGCUCUGCUGAAGGGAGAUGCAAAGCUUUUUCUAUCUGCACCUCCCACCUGGCAGCUGUGACUAUUUUCUACGGGACCACAGUCUUUAUGUAUGUGCGGCCAAGCUCCAGCUACUCCCUGGACUCGGACAAAGUGACCUCUGUUUUCUAUACAGUGGUAAUCCCCAUGUUGAAUAUCAUGAUCUACAGCCUGAGAAAUAAGGAGAUGAAGAAUGCCAUGAGCAGGUGUAUAUACCAAGGAUAUGGGAUUUCAUGA